UGAAGCAUUGGAAUAAAAAUACAUUUCUAUUUCAGUAACUUAGACGUGGAGACGACUUCUAAAAAAGCAUUUUUAACCAUUUUGAAAUCACAUUUACAUAACCAAGAGAAAAUACCUGACUUCACCUCAGCCGAGCUGCCCUCCAAUCAUCCGAACAAAAAAAUAAAUAAGAAAAACAUCUCAGAGAUGUUUGUCCCUACAGAUAAUUAAAUAAGGUCAAGCUUGACCCUGCUGGGUGCUGAGGAUUCCUGUAAACGCCGACAGCAUGAGGUGGGUGUGAGAGGAAAGGUGGAGUCCGUUUGUAUAAAAGCCUUUCUUGUGAGCCUCUGUGGUGCGAGUCCGAAGAAGCAGGCAGUCCAUGUGGCCUGAGAAAGGUCUAAAGCAUAUGAACGGACCUCACUGCACCAAGCAUAUUCUCAAGAAUAUCAGCAGCUCUUCAACCAACUCUCCUGUGUUUACCGUAAGCUGGUCCUCCAUCAAUACAUCACCUGUUURUUUUCUAAGAUUCUGCUUUUGUAUUAAAAAAAACAAACUUUCUAUUCUGAUGACCUGUCCAGGAGCUCCAACCCGAUGGCACACCUUAACCACCAGUCUGACCACAGCCCCUCUCAGGUAGAUGGGAGAGACGGCCAAGCGAGGCCUGCAGGACUCCCAGCCCUGCAGGGCACCAAGGCCUGCUUUCUGAAGGGCGUGUCCUACUUCUCAGGAGACAUGGAGGUGUUCGGAAAAUGGAUGGAAAGACAGUUUUUCUUGCUGCAGCUGCUGGAUUGGGUUCUGCGAGGAGCGUCCCAGGUAAUGUUCGUCAACAACCCCCUGAGUGGACUCAUCAUCUUCGGGGGCCUCAUUUUGCAGAAUUACUGGUGGGCCCUCAAUGGCUUUGUGGGCACACUCUUCGCUACCAUUUCUGCUCUCAUCCUGCAACAAAACAGGAAAGCCAUAGCUGCAGGGUUGUAUGGAUACAACGGUAUCCUGGUGGGUUUGCUCAUGGCUAUAUUUUCCAAUAAAGGCAACUGGUACUGGUGGCUCCUGCUGCCCAACAUCUUCAUGUCCAUGAUGUGUCCCAUUGUGUCCAGUGCCCUGGCAUCCAUUAGCAGCCGCUGGGAUCUGCCCGUUUUCACGCUGCCCUUCAACAUCCUGGUGUGUCUCCACAUGGUCGCCACCGGACACUACAACAACCACUUCCCCCUGGUGCUCAUCCAGCCGCGCUCCGAGUUCCCAAACAUCACCUGGGCUGAAAUCAACGUCCCAAAGCUGUUCAGGUCAGUGCCUGUGGGGAUAGGGCAGGUUUACGGCUGUGACAAUCCCUGGACAGGAGGAAUGUUCAUCAUCUCCCUCUUCAUCUCCUCCCCCAUCACCUGCGCUCAUGCUGUUCUGGGAUCUGCUGUGGGCAUGGUGUCAGGUUUGGCUCUAGCAGCCCCGUUUGAAGAUAUUUAUUUUGGCCUGUGGGGUUACAACUGUGUGUUGGUCUGCAUCGCCAUCGGAGGAAUGUUCUACGCUCUCACCUGGCAGGUGCACCUGCUCGCCAUCACUUGUGCAUUUUUCUGCGCAUAUCUCACCUCAGCCAUUGCCAACAUUAUGUCCAGGUUCGGUUUGCCAGCAUGCACCUGGYCGUUCUGCCUCUCCRCCCUCAYCUUCCUCCUCCUGACCACGGAGACCAAACAAAUCUUUAAGCUGCCGCUGGCUAAAGUCACCUACCCUGAGAAAAACCUGGCCUUCUACUGGAAGCUGAGGAAGCAGGAGAAAACAGAGAAGGCUGAGGAGGAGAGGAAAGUGCGAGAGGCGCAGCAGAGGGCCAUCGAGGAGGAAUUGGUCCUGAAUGAGAAGGAGCUGCUGAGGCUGGAGCUGCAGGUGAAGGAAGAGGGGAGAGACGGAAGUAAAAAUAACGAGACUCAAGCUGAAAACCAGGUGCCUGCAGCCAACGUGCAGGCUACUGAGGACAGUAAUGGGAGUAAUGAAUUCACAGAAAUAAAUAUCGAUGAAUAAAUUUAAAUGUUUGAAGGAUGUAAAUAAUAAUGGUUGUAAAUAUUUUUUGUGUGACUUUUAUGUUUCUUUUCUACCCGAGUUCAGUUUCAGGUGAGAGUUUAAUGAUACUUUGUACUUUGUUUUAUAAGAAAAUGAGUUCAUGUUGAAUUCAGUGGCGGCUGGUGGAUUUUUCUCCGGGAGGGGGAGGGGGGGGCUACAAUUCCAAAAUAGACUUAUCUCAAAAAGCAAUUAAACUUGUACUAAGUUGUUUCAUGCCAGUGUAUUUAUUAAACGAAUCUAAAUAAUAAAA